CCAAGAUUUUAUCGACAAAACGAAAGAAAGAAACGAAGAAGAGGAGAGAUGUCUGUGGAUUACAUCGAUCAAUUUCGUAUUAUAAAUCCUCGUAGAUCAAAUGGAUUUAAGAAUACUUAAUCUGGCUUUUUUUGUUUAAUAGCCCACUUAUCGAUGGAUAACACAUUUUGCACGAGAUAUUUGCAUCACACGCGAUAUUCAUUUUCGUAUAAAUAAGGUAGGAAUUUUAGGAAAAGGCAGCAGUUCGAUCCAAAUCGCGACAAGAUGUACGGCAAACUGAAUUUGUUGGCACUAGUCGCCAUCGCGACAGCGAGCCCGAUGUCGAAACCUGUGCUGAACCCUCUCACCCCGACCGGGCAGAUAAUCGGCGGUACGGACGCGCGGAUCGAGGAGGUGCCCCACCAGGUAUCCCUUCAGAGUUUCGGCUUCGGCUUCUGCGGCGGCAGCAUCAUCUCGAACGAGUGGGUGGUGACGGCCGCCCAUUGCAUGUCCUACCCAGCCGAGUGGCUCACGGUCCGCGCUGGAACCGCGACCAAAUCCUCGGGCGGGAGUACCCACGGCGUUGCCGAGAUAAUCGUGCACGAGAAUUACUAUACGAACCGUUACGGCGUGCCUGAGAACGACGUGGCCGUGUUGAGAGUGAAGACUCCGUUCAAGUUGGACGCGACCCGCCAACCCAUCCAACUGUUCAAGCAGAACGAAGAGUCCGUAGUAGGUGUCGGCGCUGUCAUCACUGGAUGGGGCUCGGUUACGGAAGGUGGCAGCACGACCGAGAUACUUCAAACGGUCACCGUGCCGAUCGUUUCCAAGAGCUCGUGCGACCAAGCCUACAAAUCGUACGGGGGCCUUCCUUCCGGCCAAAUAUGCGCCGCUCUGCCCGAGGGUGGAAAGGAUGCCUGCCAAGGCGACUCUGGCGGCCCGAUGACCAUCCACGGCCGUCUCGCGGGCCUCGUCUCUUGGGGCUACGGCUGCGCAAGGCCCGGAUACCCAGGCGUCCACACCGAAGUAGCCGCCUUCAGCGAUUGGAUCGCCUCCAAGACCGGAAUCACGGUGUUUCGUAUUACAAGCGGGAAAAGCGGUGUAAAUGAAAUUUAUAAAAACAAUUAUUUGACGAAGUUUUCGAAUAUCUUCUUAGUGAGAACGAGCGAGCAGAAACUUUCUUCGGAAGAUCGAAUCGUCGAUGGAGCAUUUAUCAACAUCACGAAUGUUCCAUACAUGUUAUCGUACAGAGUAAAUAAUAAUCAUGCAUGCGGCGCUGCUAUCAUUAAUAAAGAAUGGGGACUAACUGCCGCUCAUUGCGUUACUCCAUUUACCAAUAAUCCCUCAGUUUCGCUCAGCGUCCGUAGCGGAUCUAACAGACACGAUUUCGGUGGAAUUAUUCACAAUAUAACGAAAUUCUCUUAUCACGAAAAAUAUAACGAUCAGAACAACGAUUACGACAUUGCGGUAUUCAAAGUCUAUCCGCCAUUCGAUUUUAACAACACGACACAACCCGUCAAAUUGCCUGAAAACAUUAAAUUUUUUAACACAAAUUGGGGUUUAAUUGCUGGUUGGGGUUACUUUAUCGAUUUCGAUCCGAUGUUAUCGGAAAAGCUACAAUACGUUAUCGUACCGAAAGUGAACAGAGAAACGUGCAUAAAGGAUUAUAAAGGCAGAUAUGAAGUAACAGAGCAUCAAGUCUGUUAUGGAUUUUCACAAGGAGGGAAAGACGCGUGUAAAGGCGAUUCCGGUGGUCCACUGGUUAAUAAUUUCACUGUAAUCGGUAUAACUUCGUGGGGCUACGAAUGUGGCGUACCAGACUCACCUGGCGUCUACACCAAUGUGAUCGAUCUACUAGGAUGGAUUAAAAAUAAAAUUAGAUCGAUUCAAUAAUUCUCAAUCAAUCCUGUUUUGCAGUUUGAAAUUAUCAGAAAUAAAUAUUUCUUACACAAGAAA